AUGUUUUCAUUCCUAAUCAAUGAGUUGAAAGAUCUUCAAACCAAUGGCAUUACAAUACAAGUUGACUUGGUCGAAAUCGCAAUAUUCUUUGCUCUUGGUUUAGUAUUAGGAGACAAUUUAGGUCUAAAUUUAAUUUUGGGUUUCGUUGCUAAUUACUGUUGCUUAAUUUAUCGUUGUUCUAAACAUGAUCUUCAUAAAAUGGUACGCGAAGUUGACACUUUAAUACGGAAUGAAAAUAAUUAUGAAACAGAUAUUAUUUUAAACUGUGUGUCUAAUUCUGGAUUAAAUUAA